GAUGAAGAUUUAAAAGAAAAUCUAGCUGACUAAUCAGAUACAACAGAGGUUGAUUAAUUGGAUGUAGAAAGAAGUAAUUUCGAAAUUCUAAGAAAAAGAUUAAAGGAGUAGAAAAGGUAAUUCGACUUUGAUAACAAACAUUGAAAAAGGAAAAAUAGAUUAGAGUGGUGCAAAUGCAUUUAGAAAGAUUUUAGUAAAAAUAAAAAUAUCAACAAUUACAAUAAGUAAUGGAUUAGAUGAAAUAUAAUUUAGCUUAUAAAGAGCAAAUGUUAAAUGAAGAAAUUGAGUAAAAAGAGCUGGAGCUAAGAAACUAAUACCAUAAUGACUUGAAUCAAUUUUACAAAAAAUAAAUCGAAUAUGCCUAGAGUUUAGAAUUUUAAUAUAUAGAAUUAGAUGAGGCUACUGAAAAAAAUAUAAUAAGUUGAAAACCAAGUAU